AUGGCUUGCUCCUGUAAUUACAGUGGUGUUGCAGCGAGAAGAUCAAGAUUUGGAAGAAAGCUGGAAAAAAGCACUGCUAAAGCUGAAAUAAAUAAACCUUCCAAUCAUGUGAAGUCUAAAGACACAAAAAAGGUAGAUCUAACUUCUAUGUCACAUAACAAAUUCAAUUUGAUUUCCAAGGCAUUAAAAAGCAGUAAUUCUUUUAAAUCUACUCCUCGUCAAACCGACAUUGAUCAAACGCAUUUAUCAGGAACUGGUGGUGGCGAUGUCAAAGACAAGUCACAAGUAAAAGACCAAUCAUUCCGCAAAAAUGAGAAAUCUUCUUUCAAAAAUACGGAGAAGCUGGGACGGAGUUCCGACUCCAAACCGAAGGUAAAGACGAGCAAUUCCUUGAAAAAGAAGAAAAAUCAAAAGUUGGUUCGCAAAAAGCAUUUAUCCAGCAUGAUUAAGUUGGAUAUACCAUCCUUUCUGUCAGUUGCAAACUUGGCAUCUAUACUAAGGGUUCGUGUGCCUGAUCUUGUUUCAAAGAUGAAAGGUCUAGAGUUUGAAAAUAUUUCUAAUGACUAUAUAAUGGAUGCUGACACUGCUGGAUUGAUUGCCGAAGAAUACGGUUUUGAGGUUAAUCAAGAUGAUAAACUCGGAGCAGAUUUAUUUCCGAGCCCCGAACCCAAAGACAAAACCAGCUUAAAGUCAAGAUCGCCUGUUGUAACCAUUAUGGGUCACGUUGAUCAUGGAAAAACCACCAUAUUGGAUUAUUUUAGAAGAUCAUCCAUUGCAAAAGAUGAAAAGGGAGGCAUUACACAAAGAAUUGGUGCUUUUGUUGUUAAACCAAAGAGUUCCGAACGGAGUAUCACUUUUCUUGACACACCGGGUCAUGCAGCGUUUUUAAAGAUGAGAGAAAGGGGAGCUAAUAUGACAGAUAUUGUUGUUCUAGUUGUUGCCGCCGAGGAUUCGGUGAUGCCCCAGACAAUCGAAGCCAUUAAGCAUACAAAAUCUGCUGGAGUUCCAAUGAUUGUGGCUAUCAAUAAAUGUGAUAAGCCGGAUGCGAACCCCGAUAAAGUUGUUGCUGAUCUCUCUAGAAAUGGUGUUGAUGUUGAAGAUUAUGGUGGAGAGGUUCCUGUGAUUCGUAUUUCCGCAAAGACCGGGAUGGGAAUGAAGGAUUUAGAAGAAACGAUUAUAACUGUCGCUGAACUUCUUGAAUUAAAGGCUGAAACUCAAAAUAUUCCAGUUGAAGGAUGGAUUUUAGAAUCGCAGGUUAAACAUGGUCUUGGUAACUGUGCCACAUUUUUACUAAAAAAGGGUAUUUUAAAGAAAGGUAUGAUCUUGGUUGCAGGUACGACAUGGUGUAAAGUAAGAGUUAUGAAAGAUGAAAAUGGAAAGUCUGCUACACAAGCGAAGCCAGCAUUUCCGGUGGAAAUAUCAGGGUGGAAAGAUAUUCCAGAAGCAGGUGACUUUGCAAUUCAGGCAAAGAACGAGGCAUUUGCAAAGAAAGUGGUUGCCAAUAGGGAGAGGAGAAAACAGCAGUUGAUGGAAGCAGAUCAAGUUGAAGAUAUGAAUAACAAAAGAUUAAAGCAAGUACACGAUUCAGAAAGAGUAGAAAAAAUACAGGAAUAUCAAGAUGAAGGUUUUAGUAUGGAUGAAAUUAAACAAUUGGAGCCAGACCUUUUUGAAACGGAAAAGAUACAAACAAAAAGAGUCAGUUAUAUUAUCAAAGCAGAUGUGAGUGGCUCCGCUGAAGCUGUGAGGCAAAGUAUAGAAGGCCUUGGAAAUGAUGAGGUGACCGCCUUUGUCUUAUAUGCUGAAGUUGGACCUCCUACGGAAUCUGAUAUUGAGCGAGCAAAAUCCUCCGGUUCCACAAUUCUUGUUUUUAACAUGAAAGUUGCACGAGAUAUAGCAAAUUCCGCAUCAUCUGCUGGAGUAAAAAUUCAGGAGUUUGGAGUCAUAUACCAUCUCAUAGAAAGCGUUGUGACUACUCUCACAGAGACAUUGCCAGUUAAAUUUGAAACGAAAGUUGUUAGUAAAGCUUCGAUUAAAAAGUUGUUUGAAAUUAGCUUGAAGGGAAAGAAUAGCAUAGUUAUCGCUGGAUCCAGGGUCACGGAUGGUAUUCUUAAGAAGUCACUAGAUGUUCGAAUCGUUAGAAAUGGGGAGACUAUUUAUAACGGAAAAAUUAAAGAACUCAAAAUUGAAAAGGAUGAUGUUGCCCAGGUCAAGAAUGGCGGUGAUUGUGGCAUAGCCCUAGAAGGUGAUCCAGAUCUUGAAGUCGGUGACACGAUAGAAAAUCUAAGCAAGAUUCCGCUUAAACGUCAUUUAUAA